AAAGAGAAAGAGAGUGUUGUUGCAGCAGCAGUGUGAUCAGAACCAUUAGUUUUUAUCCAUGUACAGAAGAUUCUGCAACUCAAAUGGUCCCUGAAAUAAAUAUACCUACUCUCUCAGCAUUCACUCUUUAACCCUCUCUUCUUUCUCUCUCAGUACUUUCAUCAAACACCUUCCCUACCCUCUCUCUUUCUCUCAGUAAAAGGAAGAAGAAGAAGAUGAUGAGUGGCGGUGGCGGUGGCGGAGGCGGGAGGAGUAGUGGUGGGACAAGGUUUCCAUUCACGGCCUCGCAAUGGCAGGAGCUUGAGCAUCAGGCUCUUGUGUUCAAGUACAUGGUCUCUGGCAUGCCCAUUCCUCCAGAUCUCCUCUUCACCAUUAGGACAAGCCUCGAUUCCUCUCUCUCCUCAAAAUUCCUCAUCCACCAACCACAGCAUAUUGGAUGGAACAGCUUCCACAUGGGAUUCGGGCGGAAGAUCGACCCGGAGCCGGGGCGGUGCCGGAGGACGGACGGCAAGAAGUGGAGGUGCUCGAAGGAGGCGUAUCCGGAUUCGAAGUACUGCGAGAGGCACAUGCACCGGGGCCGAAACCGUUCAAGAAAGCCUGUGGAAAUUCCGUCGCCCACUUCCGCUGCCGCCGCGGCAGCCUCGUCGUGCCGUAACGUGUCGGCAUCCUCCUCGUCGACGGCUCCCAUUUCUUACCUCGCGUCCGCGGCCGCGGAAUCGCACUUUCUCUACCCGCAUUUCCCCUCUACCCGGCCUGCCGCGGAGAGCGCGAACUUUUUCCUCGAUUCGCACCCUCCGCUUAAAGACUGCAGGCUCGGGAUUAAAGGCGAAAGUGACUUUUUCUCGUCCGAGACAUUGAAACACAACAACAACACCGCGUACCACUCCGAUCAGAGCUACCGCCAAUACGAGCAAGACCGGUACUACACAUCGGAGGAGCGGCCGAAGAAAGUGAUGCACCAUUUCAUCGACGAGUGGGCACCGAAAGACACCGACACCACCGACGACAAAAUGCCGACGCACCUGUCUAUAUCGGUUCCGAAUUCGCUGCAUGACUUCUUUGUGACACAAAAAUGAGUGAAUGAAGGAAAUGGAGGGGAGUGGUGAGGGUGGUUGGGACACAGUUUUUAUUAGUUUUCCUUGAGUGGAAAGUGUAGUGUGUGGGAAUCUGUUGGAUUUUGGUAUUCUACAUUGUAAUAUUUGUUUGGUUUUGUGUUUCUCUCAUUAGUAUUUCUUGUUUGAAAGCCACCUGCCAA